AGCUUUAAACCCUGCAACCCCGCCCCUCAGCAGCACUAUCACAUGAAUCUGGACUCCACAGUGGAUGUGAAAAAAGUUUGGAGGUCUCGCUGAAAUCAUUUUCUCCAACUUCUCUUAUGUUUUUUUUUUUUUUAACUUGAGGAGGCUUUUAGGUGGAGGUUUGCAUCGGAAAUCAGAGUCCGUCUGAGUGAUUUCCCGGCUGUGAUUUCUCCAAUUUAUUUUUUUCCCUGCAGGAAUACGCAGAGACAGAGAGAGAGGGGGGAAACGGUCUGGCUGCUUGAAGAUUUGUUUCGACACCAAACUUUGGGCGACAUGGACGCGCACCGCGGCGCGCCUCCGGCCGGGCAGCAGAUCGUGCACGUCCGCGGGGACUCGCAGACGGAGCUGGAGGCCCUCUUCAGCGCCGUGAUGAACCCCAGCAAGUCGGCCAGACAGCCGUCCUCUCUGCCCAUGAGGAUGAGGAAGCUGCCGGACUCCUUCUUCAGGCAGCCGGACUCACGGGGCCACUCCAGACAAGCCAGUUCGGAUGGAGGCGUGUGCGGCUCCCUCACUCCUCAUCACGUCCGCGCCCAUUCCUCCCCUGCCUCCCUCCCAGUCAACUCCCUCUCCACUCAAGCAGCAGAUGUAGCGGCGGCACCGAUCAUACCUGACGACGUGCCACUCCCCCACGGUUGGGAAAUGGCCAAAACACCUACUGGCCAACGUUACUUUCUCAAUCACCUGGAAAAGACAACCACUUGGCACGACCCUCGACUUGCGCAGCUUCAGUCGGCUGCGUCUCAGCAUCCCAUCCCUGGCCCUCCGGUCCACGCCCACUCUCUCAGCAACCCAGCACCCACUACACAACCACAAAACAUCAAUCCAGAGACAGGUCCACUGCCUGAAGGCUGGGAGAAGGCUGUGACUGCAGAUGGAGAGGUGUACUACAUCGAUCACAUAAAUAAGACCACCUCAUGGGUCGACCCGCGUCUAGCCCAGAAGAUGAACCCUGGCAUCCUCGGCUUGGCACUGCAGCAAAGGCAGGAAAAGGAAAGGCUUAGAUGCAAACAAGGCCUCCCUCCGCAAAUCUCACAGGAGGCAGGAGGAAGGAACCAGAUGCCCGGUGGGAUGGACCAUGACAGGAACGCACAGACACUUGUCCCGUCUCUGGAUGUCAGAAUCAGAGGCUCAAACCAUGAACCCACACUAAAUGGCGCUCACUCCCGUAAUGAGAGCACUGACAGCGGUCUGAGCGUCAGCAGCUUACCCCGCACGUCGGACCACAUGUUGAGCUCUGUGGAUCACAUGGACACUGGCGACUCCAGCGAGGCCUCCUCGAUGACCUUACAGGAGUCGAUGCCUGUGCUCCCAAUGUCUGAGGGCGAGGAGCUAAUGCCUUGCAUCCCAGAGGGUCUCAGUUCAGACCUCCUGAUGGACAUGGAGACUGUUCUCUCUGGGUCGCACAUGGACAGAGACAGCCUGCUCACCUGGCUAUAGACACACCCAGCCGCCGCCCCGUCACAUCAAACCACAUCAAAUCUUCAUAACAUGACUGAGAAUUCUGGAGAAUCUUUGGUACAGAGCGACGUUACUGAGAGAUUAUGCUACUGUUGUGUGAUGGAUUCCUAACACUACUCGCACCCUGAGGAAUGAAAAAACCCUGACUCGCGCAGAAGGUGGUAAGCUGCUGGUGUUCACUCCUUUUUUUGGGCCUGGUUUUACAUAGAUGCAUGACGGAGCAUCCAUUCUGACAACACUCCUUUCUCUUUAGUCAUCGACCUCAGAUCGUCUCUGGUGAAGCGCGUCACAGUUAAUUUUAGACUACAGAUUUCUUUUAUUAUUCCCACUUGGGUAAUAGUGUUUGCUGCAAGCUUUUAAAAACAGUAUCAAGCCAAUGAACUCUGCAUGUAGCAGUUACAUGAAUGCACAAAAAGACAUGUUAAAACAGCAUAAAGGUUGAUCAAACGAUAAUUAACAGAAACAAAAGAUAUUAGGAAUGGGAAUUGACAAGAUUUCCUUGAAACCAAUGCCAUUAUCCUGAUACCUGAUUGAUUUCUCUGUGGAAAAAGGUCGGCCCACACGAGUUUUCAGCAUCAGCACCUCUGUUUUAUUAACAUAUCUGUCUAAGCACAGUCUAGAAACAGAGUAGAAAAAAGCAUUAUCAUUUUGAACACAUUACAAGCAACACUGUUGUCAUCUUUGUGAAAUGAAGUCACCCUUUCCUCCCCUCCGCCAUGACUCUGUUUUGCAAGUUUUCAGCUGUUAAAAUGCACAAGUUUGACGUCAUUGUUUUGCAACAGCAUCCAUCAGAAAAACAUGUCGACAUCAAUAAAAAAUACUGAUAAGCUCCAAGGCAUAUGACUCCCAAAGAUCAGACAAUUUGGAGCCGGCUCUCAAUCCCCAUCCCUAAAAGAGAUACCCACAUUCCCCUUGAUUACUUCAUAUAGUUUGUGGGAUAAAGAGAAAAGAACAUCUCGUGCUGCUGUGUCUAAGCAGCCUGUAAUUUGGGAUUUUAAUGCUCAUAGUUGUCUGAAACAUGUUCCUAAAAAGCAUGAGGAUUGAGAGCGAGGGAUGCAUCAAAUAAUUUAACACUACACUGGUUCCAUAAACCAAAACAAGUCCCUCACAUUACCAGGUUACACAGAAACACCAAGGAAGGGAGGAGAGGACGCACCCUUGUGGUGAGCUAAUGAAAGGUAAAGAACACUAACAGGAGCACAGUUUGCUCUCAAACUUUAAUUUAAAAAUUCACACAAGCCAAAAAACAAUAUUAACAGCCUUGUCAGAGUCACUUAUAAGCCUGCAUGGAAUAUCUUUAAGGUUUUUAGUAAUUAAGUGGAGGAUAAGCUUUCACUGAUCACAGUGGAGACGAUCAAAUCAAAGUCUGUCAGAGGCCUUCACACUUAGAGAAAUAAAGGCUACAGGAUAAUGAAUUUCAGGCACUACAACUACAAAAAAGUGUGAUUUUAGGAUGUCUGUUUAUAGAAAGGAGCGCUGGAACAUAAAGUGGAUCCACAGUAAACAAGCACAUGUUCAGUAUAAUGCAAUCCGACACAACUGAGGGUUUCCCCCACAAUAAUCCUGAAGCAUCUGGUCGUCUGAUCAAUUUAGUUAAUGAAUGACAGCCUAACUAUAGUCACAUAAGAUAUAUAUAUAUAGCCUUUCCUGGGUUAAGUAGUUUUAUUUUAUUAAAGUGUGUUACAAACACUGCAGACAAACCCGCAGCAGUGUCGCUAUAAAACACAUUUUUUAAAGUUGCUAAAAUUCAGGUUUUGUUAAUACUGUUUUUAUUGUUGUGCUGGAUUGCAUUUUAUUGCAGUGUUCCAGUCAUUUUUUCCCACUCCAGCAUUGAAUAUAAGCUUCACAAAGGUAGUAUUUAUUGGAGAUUUGUGUUACAGGAUUGCAUCAUAUUGUACAGUUGUAAUUUUAUUCUGUCCACCCCUUGUUUUAGAAAGGAUGCCACAUAGUUGCCAUCAGGGCCUGGACAGUUUCUCUCCUUAGUGUGCAGCAGAUUUUAGCUCUCAUAAAACAUAAAUUAAAAAAAAUAUUCAAUUAAUCCCUUUUCUUACUUUUCCCAUUAUUGGCUUGAUACAUUCCUAAUAAUUUCCCCUUUUCAAAUCUUAAGCAUCUGUUCAUUCACUGGCAUCAUAGGUUUGGUUUCCUCCACAGAAAGACACACAAACAGCAACCGUCUCAGUCACAUUUGUAAAGUUUUAGCUCCUUAACUACAAAUUGUAUGUCCAUGCAUCUCCAAAAUCAAUAAGCAGACUCUUGAAACUUGUUUGUUGUGAAAUUUCUCAGUCUGGUUUUGUACACAUGGUAUAGUGGAUCACAGUAUCAUCAUCCUUUUCUUUAAAUAAUACACCUUAUAUAAAGAAAACUCACAACAAAAAUAUAAAUGACCAAAAAUAAAGGCCAAAAUUACAGUCAUCUUUACAGAAGUGGUUCCCAACUGGUCCAACCCUAGGGUCGGGAUUUCUCCUUGGUUAUUAGGUCUACAUAGUUUAAUAUAAUCAGAGUCAUACUUGAGUUUGGCCAUGUGGUCAAGCUAGUUUGCUGUCUCUGUCAAGUAGCUGUCCGUUAUAGCAGGAAACAGCACUUCAAAAUAAAAUCUCUGUGCCGUCAAAUUCACUUUUUUCACUGUAAUAAAGUGCAUUUUUUAUUACUACCUUGACACAUCUGCGAGUCACUUGCAGUCCAUUCAGAAUGGACCCACGACCCACUUUUGGACCAUGACCCACCAGCAGGGAACCAAUGCUUUACAGAGUAGUCUCCAGCAAAUACAGUCUUCCAUUUUAAGCCAUUAAUAAUGUGUAAAAGGGCUUAAUAUUAAGGGUUCCCACACAUUUUCAUUUACAAAACUUUGAAGGACCCAUAUUAAAGAUUUUUUUUAUGUCUUGCCUCACUUGCCUGGCAUUUUUAAACAUAUCAGAUUGGAACUCUAUUCAGACAAAAUUUCAGCUAGCUGGCAUAUCUGAAGGGAGAGACGAAAUGUAUGUGAUGAUAAAUGAAACACAAACAUUAAUGCAUGUAAGAGCUACAUUAUGUCGAUGGCAACAGAAAAUAAUUUUACUGUUAUCUUACAUUACAUUGAAGGUUAUUCACGGAAGAUUACUCUAACAGUGUCAUUAUACACAACAAAAUUCUUUGACUUCCAUGACUUUUCCAGGCCUGGAAAGUGUGGUUGUGAAAAUUAUGUGAACUUCACCCUGGGGGACAGGGGAAGAAACCGUCUGAAGAAAUGACAGGUACUUUACAAAAAGCAAUGUAGGGAGAGACAAGCCACCUGCUUUUGAAAGUAGAUUGUUGUAUCAUAAAAGGUCAGUAAAAUCCACACAGCACUGUGAGCUGACACAUCUUUAGUAGUUAAGGGGGAGUGGUAUAGAUUUCCAGGCCUGGAAAGUGUGGUUAUGAAAUUCCAUGACUUUUCCAGGUUUUUCAUGACUGUGGGAACUCUGAGUAACAGUGUCAACUCCCUUCCAUGUUAGAAUAUUUAUAAAACACUAUUUUAAAAGUCAGUCUUUGGUAAUUAAUUGCACAACAGAAGCAAGUUUCAAGAUCAUGCUAACAUAUUUUCAUACUAUAUGGAUUAGAUGCCUGAAACAGUAGGAAAGCUUGUUCAUGUUUCUGAAGUUGCUUAAUACUCAGCAGUGAUGUAAACUGUGUGUUGUAAAUACACUAAAAGAUGCUGGUAGAAUCCUUUAAAAAUAAUCCUGGUCAGUGCCCUUGAGAUAUUUGUUUUGCUACCACUCUACUGAGUUAUGAUUUCCUCUGUCUGCAGCUCAGUUUUCCACUCUGAAAAAGCUGUAUUGUGAGUGGGAACUAUUAAAAUAUCAUGCUUUAAAAAUGGAUUUCAGUCAAAGGGUCAUAGCAUAAGUCAAGUAUUCUGUUCUGCCUCCUCAGAAAAAGCAACAUACUAAUUGCGGAUGCUGUGUUCUUGGUGUAUUUUGUUCUAACUGUCUAAGUGCUAUCUGGUGCUGUAAUACAGAAGGCAAUCAUCAGUAAGGGGAGCUCUUUAACUCUCCUCUUUUAGUUAAACUAUAUAAUAAGUAUAUAAUCUGUUUUUGUUUUGUUUUUGUUUUUAUCCGCUGGGUUGUUUCUGCAGUGUGUUUUUAUUUUAUCUGAAUUUGAAGCUGUUAAUUAUUGGUGAGAGCAUUUCUUGUAACCAGCUUCCUGUUUAUAUAUAUACAGUAUUUAGCGGUCAUUCACAACAUCCCCAAAUAAAGAGCCAAGUCACCCUUAUCUUCUCUAAGUUAAAGUACCACAGGCCUGGAGGGACUUACUGUCCACACACACGAUGCAACACACUACCUAGCCUUUUAUUUAUCUUAGCAUGCAUGACACCUGCUAUGUAUGUUCCAUAUAAUGAUGUUUUAUUAUCCCAUUUACAGAGAGUUUGGAGGCAAUCAGAUUUGUUUUGUACCUUUUUAUGCAUGUGCUUUAUAUAAAUAUAUUUCGUCUUACUCUCACUGUAAUCAUUUUAAAGGAGUUUCUGUUUAAUAAACUUUAAAUACACA